GUGUGACGUCAUAAUAGAAAGAAAACAAAAAGGGAUGUUAUAAUAAAGCAAAUUAUCGUUUAUUAAUUAAAAACAAUUUCAUAUUUGAAAAGUUGUGUUGAUAUGGUGUGAAGGUUAAAGUAUGGCAUCCGAGUAUAAGACAUGUCCAGAAAUCCAUUCCUUCGGCAACGACAGCCCCCAGUGGUUCCUGGGAAUGGAAUCUGACAAGAAACCCCUAUGCAUUUGUGCUGCACAGAGCGACGACUUCAAAACACCCCUCUGCGGCUGGUGCAUGGAAGCAGGUGACGUCACCCGCCAGAAGGCCAAGCAUUCGAAAAAGUCGAAAUCCUGCUCAAACGUCUUCAAGGACUCGACUUUCGAAUACCACGCCGAGUCGAGUAAAUACAUCGACGAAUACCGACGAAAAUACACAGUGGGCAACGUCUGCAACUACAAUGUUUUUGAUCUUCCGAAACUUGGAGUCGAUCUGAUCGACCCAUAUGCCGAGAAGAUUAAGAACAUACGAUCCUGGAAGAGAAAUAAACCCCCUGAAGCAGACGACAAAAGGACUGAACGCGGGAUGGGUGACAUGGGGUCAAACAGAAGUUUACCCAUCCUCGCUCAAGUCUUAAAGAGCCUAUCUCCCAAAGAGAAAUCAUACCCUGAGACAAAAGAACGACAUCCGCCAAAGGAUCGACAGCUCAAUUUACAACUCUAUCGAUCAACAAUGAAAGAGACAGUAACAAGUCCCGAUCCUGUGUCAGAAUCCAAGUUGGAAAACGAAUCAAUAUGCAAGGUCAUCUCCACAUGCGAUACCAUCUCCGUCAGAGCUUCACGGUCUGAAGGUGGAGCAGUUGACAUGAUGUCAAGCAGCAGCUUACCUAAACUCGUUCCAGUCAGAAAGAGCAAAUAUCCCAAAGAGAAAACAUCCUCUGACUCUAAAGAACUGCAUCCAUCAAAGGAUCGACAGCUAAAUUUACAGAUCUGUCGAUCAGCAAUUAAAGUGACCGUAAUACAUACCGAUCCUGUGUCAGAAUCAAAGAUGGAAAACGAAUUAACAUGCAAGGUCAUAUCCACAAACGAUACAAUCUCCGUCAGAGCUUCACGGUCUGAAGGCGGGGCGGUUAACAUGAUGUCAAGCAGCAGCUUACCUAAACUCAUCCCAGUUAGAAAUAGCAAAUGUCUCAAAGAGAAAGCAUUUCAUGACUCUAAAGAACCGGAUCCACCAGAGGAUCGAGAGCUCAAUUUACAGGUAUCUCGAUCAAAAACACAGCAACAAACCAAAUGUAAAGUGUCCAGUCCUGAUCUUGUCCCGGAAACCAAUUUGGCCAUCAGAUCCUCAUGCGAACAGCCGCCAUCCAUGUGUUCGUCAAAACGUCUUUUCAAGCGUUCAUACAGGAUUAGUGAUCUCGACAACGUCAUCUCUAAAGACAAUGUCAUCUCCGUCAGAGCCUCACUGUCUAAAUCAAUGGAAACGGAGAACACUUCAACUUCUGGCGUUCACAAACUGAUUUCAGCUGACAAAAAAAUGACAGAGAAACACCCAAAUGACAUUGGCAAACAAGCAGGACAAGUUACUAACACGAAGUGUUACAGACUAAAAUAUUCCAAGAAGAUCACUAAUCCAGAAAACAGGUCGUGUGUGAAUCUAACUCCAUUGACGUUGAGAGAUAUUGGUGGCAUAAGUGAAUCUGACGCGGAGAAUGUGAAUCGAGAAAAGUCAACGUUUUAUAACCUGAAACAACAGAGCCAAAAGAGUAAAAGUCUCAUAGACUGUAUCACCCCCGUAGCCAGAAAGGUUAUAUCGCAUAAAUAAUAUGACGCUAUAGAUUUGGUGAUCUACAUUUUAUAUUUUACGCAAUAUUCAAAUGUUAACCUGUAACAAGUCGAGUCACUUAGGCUAGAAAACUGUUGAGCAUAACACAGUUGGUUUGUCACUUCAACAGGCUGCUUGGGGAUGCCUCUGAAACAUUACUGGACUUGGUGUAGAGUUGAAAUGUGGCACCAGCAAUAGGUAACAGCCUAUUUUCUAAUAGGGGGUAUGGGUGGCUUAGGUGCAAACAUGAAUCAUUUGACUUGAUUAUCUCGGCUUUUACAAAGAAUAUAUACCAAGAAUUGUUGUUAAUAACAUGUUCAUAUAAAGUAAGCCUGUAUACUGCUGCUCAGCUUGUUCAAUAUGGAUAUAAUAUUUUUAGAUGACCUGAAAUAAAUUUUUGAAUUAG